AUGAAUGUCUUACGAUGGGCAAGAAGGCUCACAUUCGUCGACUUUAGUUAUAACUCUUUAGAGACUCUCCACGAUGGACUCUUCGAUAUUCAGUCGAACCCUCUCGGGGAACAGAGACUAGCUGGAAAUCAGAAACAUGGGACAAGUCCAUUACUCGCAUCACUUGCAUCGCUUGGUGCCAUCACUGGUGUUUUCGUGGUUGUAUUCAUUUGCGUUGUUAUAUACAAAAAGAACAAAAUUGUCAUCCAGCUCAUGUUACUGCGUUACUUUCCUCAAGACCUGUCCGAAGAUGACGCGAACAAACCCUUUGAUGUCUUCAUCUCCUAUUGCCAACUUGACGACGAAUUCGUGCUCCGUUACUUGGUGCCACUUUUGGAAACUGAAGAUGAGCCUUCUUACACCAUCUGUCUCCAUCAUCGUCACUUUGUCCCAGGCGACACCAUCGCGAACAACAUCGUGAGCGCCGUGGCGCAGAGCCGUCGUGUCAUUCUCGUCUUGUCAGACAACUUCCUGCAGAGUGACUGGUGCAUGUACGAGUUCCGUAUGGCUCACCUUCAAGCGUUGCAUGAUCGCUGUAACACGUUGCUCAUCAUCACUCUUGGGGAUGUCAGCCAAGACUCCCUUGAUCCUGACCUGAAGGCAUACAUAAGAACUACAACAUAUCUCGAAUACAAUAGCCGAAAAACAGCUUCCGAGGUAUGCCAUGGGUAACAAUGUCAGAAGUAUAUAUAAAAAUACCAGCGGUAAAAAUGUCACAGGUAAAAAUGCCAGUGAUAACAAUGCCGGGCAAAAAUGUCAGAAAUAGAAAUUUCAGAGGUAAAAAUGCCAGAGGUGAAUUGUCAGAGGUAAAAAUACCCGAGGUAAAAAUGUCACAGGUAAUAAUGCCCGAGGUAAAAUGCCAGUGGUAAUAAUGUCAGAAAUACAAAUGUCAGAGGUAAAUUUGCUCGAGGUGAAAUUGUCAUAGUUAAAAAUGCUCGAGGUGAAAAUGCCAGUGGUAACAAUGUCAUAAAUAUAAAUGUCAAAGGUAAAAAUGCUCGAAGUGAGAAUGUUAGAGGUAACAAAUAUGAGUAGUAAAUAUGUCAGAGCAGGGUCAUUGAAGGAAUAUCAGGCUCUCAUUCCCACUUAUAUGGGUGUCGAUAUUUCUUGGAUAUUUAUGUAUUUGCCGUAUAGA